GAAGGGCAGAUUAAAUUCAGCGUGUGGCCGUUAUGCCACCCGCCAUUCCGAAGUUUGCAUCCGAGAGAUAGACAGAGGCAUAGAACCAAGCCAACGAUGUAAAUCCCAAGCUGGACGGCCGUCGAAGCGAAGGUUCUUACGGUAGUACUCGGAUUCAAUGGCAUCUUUAUCGGCGUUUGUACCCGCUUCGACCACUGCUAUCGUGCGAUUGCCAGGACUCUGCGCCUUCGAGAAAAGGAGCAAUAGCAGCGUCAAAGCCAAAAUCAACGAUGAUGAAUACGACUCAUUAUUCCAAGCGGCCAUCAACCACGCUUCUAUUCGCUUUCAGGAGACCCAACGUCCAGAUCCUCUUUUUACUGACCAAUAUGCUGGUUCCUUUGCUCCUCAAAAUAUUAAAAUGAAUAUUGAGCUUCACACACACCAAUACUGCCUUGUGACAAAGUUCAUCGAUGAAAAGUUGGUUAUGACAAUGAACAAUAUGGAUGGACCUAAGCAGGUUGUUCUGUUAACAGAUGGAAUGGAUACUCGGCCUUACAGACUUAGUUGGCCUACCUCGACCAUAAUAUUUGACAUAUCUCCUGAAAGAGUAUUCAGAAAAGCAGCUCAAAAGCUUGAAGAUAUUGGUGCUAAGAUUCCAAGAAGCAGCUUGUUUCUUCAUAUUCCAUUGGAGACAUCCAAUAUACAACAAGCUUUACAAAGUAAGGGCUUUAGCGGAAAUCGACCAAGUAUAUGGGCCCUCCAGGGACUGCCUCUGAUGACUUUGGAAAGUUUUGAAGAAAUCUUGUUGGUUGUAGGUAAUUUAGCCAUGAAGGGAUGUCUUUUUUUGGGAGAAAUGCCUGUCUGGGUGGCAAAAGCUGAGACUGGAGUUGAGUCAAGUACAAGACGAUGGAUUGACAACUUCUUCAUGAGCAAUGGUUUCCGGGUGAGCUUGAUUAGUUACAGUGAAAUCGCAAAGAACCUAGGCAGGGAACUAGCACCGGUAGAUUACAACAUUUUAUUUGUUGCAGAACAACUACGACUGUCUGAUGAUCAGGUGGAAACCUGGAGGAGGGAAUUCCAAAGGAUAGAAGAAGAAGCUGAUGAGGAAGGGUUUGAGGAGCUGUAAAACUAAAUUCAGAUAGCAUCUUUCUUUAUUUCUCUUAGGAAAAAAACUAACAAAUAGAAAAUACAAGAAAGAAUCUAGUUUUGCUCAUUGUCCCUCUGUAGUUAAAAAUUAAGGUUUUGAAUAAAUUUAUCUUCAUUUGUGCCCU